AUGGCGAACGGCUCGAGUCAAGUAUCGUUCAGUAGCUCGACAUAUUUACAACACGCAGAAUACAUCGGUAAUGUGACCCCAACUCAACACGCAUGGGAAAAUAUCGUCUCCAGUUUGAAUGUGGAAGCGGAACGACUGCCAAAUCAAGGAGUUUAA